AUGUUCAUGACAUACACGGCUGCUGCGCCUCCGCGUGGUCGCUUGAAAGCUAUAAACAUGAUGGAUCCCUUCAGCAUCAUCUCCUUCCCUGCUGGCAUGAUUACUGACGAAACUUCAUUGCCAACAAUCACGGCCUCGGAUACGUUGGUGGAAACACCAGAGCCACCAGGGAUUUUCCGCAGUACCAAGACAUCUCACAGCUGUAAUAACGACCUUUGCUUUCCGCUGCCGACUUGGCCAAAGUCGGAGACGCAACCAACAUCAACAUCAGCACCAACGUCAGGCUCAACUGCGAUUGUCUGCUUGCAGAUCUCCCCUCCAAGCCAAUCUCGAUCGGCCAUGAGGUUCAAUUUCACAGACACAUGCGACGGCGGCUCGGACAUGGCGGAGGACUGCCGCGUAACGCUGGACUGCGACGCAUCGCAAGGCCUGUAUCCGACCUGCGAGCGCGGCGAGUGCAAAUGCUCAGCCAAGGCGUGUUUCAAAAGGUCAAUGUGCUUGCCCUACCGCCAGUGCCGCGAGUCCGACGAGCACGCCUGUAUAAAGGAGAAGCAUGAUACCGAUGGCAUGGGGACCUUGGGGGCCUUCUCCGUACACCCGGUGGCGUGCGCCGUGGCAGCUUUCCGGGGGAUUCUGAGCAUCCAAAUGGGGUGA